CACUCCCACCUCAGAUCUUACCUAGCCGGGACGAGACACGGCAGGUUUGUGUAGUCAGUGAUAACAGUGUUAUGCAGUGAGUGGACUGGUUAAAGUAAUGCUUCUGAGGUGCCUGCAGGCAAGCAACAGUUUCGAGGAGGAAUGGACAGCUCUGAGCAACCGUCAUCGGCAUACUGGGUUCAAGCAAGAGACUGGGGCUGGACAGACAGAAGCUCUCCACCGGCCGUUCGGUCUGGACUCUGCGGCCCUGACGGAGGCGGUGCGCUGGAGCUCCAAGGAGAACCUACUGGGAGCGGCCGAGAGCGACCCCAACCUCUUCGUUGCACUUUAUGACUUCGUCGCCAGUGGAGACAACACGCUCAGCAUAACCAAAGGUGAGAAGCUGCGCGUGCUCGGCUACAACCAGAAUGGCGAGUGGAGCGAAGUGCGCUCAAAGAAUGGCCAGGGAUGGGUGCCCUCCAACUACAUCACACCAGUCAACAGUCUGGAGAAGCACAGCUGGUACCACGGGCCUGUGUCUCGCAGCGCCGCAGAGUACCUGCUCUCAUCCCUCAUCAACGGGAGCUUUCUGGUCCGGGAAAGCGAGAGCAGCCCCGGGCAGCUGUCCAUAUCUCUGCGCUAUGAAGGGAGAGUCUACCACUACCGCAUCAACACCUCCUCCGAUGGAAAGGUGUAUGUGACAUCCGAGAGCCGUUUCGCCACCCUGGCCGAGCUGGUCCACCACCACUCCACUGUAGCCGACGGCCUGGUCACCACAUUGCACUACCCAGCACCCAAAUGCAACAAGCCCACAGUGUACGGUGUGUCACCCAUCCAUGACAAGUGGGAAAUGGAGCGCACAGACAUCACCAUGAAGCACAAGCUUGGAGGGGGCCAGUACGGGGAGGUGUACGUGGGAGUGUGGAAGAAGUACAACCUCACGGUGGCUGUCAAGACGCUCAAGGAGGACACCAUGGAGGUGGAAGAAUUUCUAAAAGAGGCAGCAGUCAUGAAGGAGGUUAAACACCCAAACCUCGUUCAGCUACUAGGUGUGUGUACCCUGGAGCCCCCGUUUUACAUCGUAACUGAGUACAUGCCACAUGGCAACCUACUGGACUACUUGAGAGAGUGUGAUAAAGAGGAGGUGAAUGCUGUUGUGCUGCUCUACAUGGCCACACAGAUCUCCUCUGCCAUGGAAUACCUGGAGAAGAAGAACUUCAUACACAGGGAUCUUGCGGCGAGGAACUGCCUGGUCGGUGAGAAUCAUGUCGUGAAGGUUGCAGACUUCGGCUUAAGCCGGUUGAUGACUGGCGACACAUACACUGCCCACGCUGGGGCCAAAUUCCCCAUCAAAUGGACUGCACCCGAGAGCCUCGCUUACAACACCUUCUCCAUCAAGUCUGACGUCUGGGCAUUUGGGGUGCUGCUGUGGGAAAUUGCCACAUAUGGCAUGUCUCCAUACCCUGGCAUCGACCUUUCUCAGGUCUAUGACCUCCUGGAGAAAGGAUACCGCAUGGAGCAGCCUGAGGGAUGUCCACCCAAAGUCUAUGAACUCAUGAGAGCAUGCUGGCAGUGGAGCCCAUUAGACAGACCUUCCUUUGCCGAGAUUCACCAAGCCUUUGAAACAAUGUUCCAUGACUCCAGCAUCUCUGAAGAGGUGGCGGAGGAGCUCUGUAAGACGGCCUCCUCUGGUCACUGCGGACCACUGCACUCAUUCAGUCACGACAUGCCCCUGUUACCUUCCAAAUCUCGCACACUCCACAAGCACACAGAAAACAAGGAAAACAUUGAGGGUGGACUGGAUGGGCGCAGCGACCACGGCACACAAAGCCACUCAGGCUGGGCUUCAUUGCUGGGAGGUGACAGCCGAUCCGGUGGCUCCCCAGCUCUGCCCAGAAAACAGCAGCCACGCGACAAGUCUCCCGGCAGCCUUCUAGAGGACACACAGGACAUGGGCACAUUUACACGAGACCGCAAGACAGGCUUCUUCAGCUCUUUCAUCAAAAAGAAAUCUUCCUCCUCCUCUUCAUCUUCGCCAUCCUCCCAGCUCCAACAGAACCUUCCGACGCCGCCCAAGAGGAGCAGUUCUUUCCGGGAAAUGGAGACGCAGCCUCACAAGAAAUAUGAGCCCACUGCUGAUUUCUGCGCUCCUCCUCCUCUGCCCCAGUCAGACAGUUUAGGAGGCUUCUCCGCCUCUCCUUCCCACUCCCACGGGGAACCCACCCAGACUCAGUCGCGCUGCUGUGGGGCAGCGUUCGGACAGAAACCCUCUAGCCUUGCGCAGGUGACGAGCGGGAGCAGUUGGAGUGGGUUGGCUGGUUUUUUUACCCCUAGACUCAUCAAAAAGACCCUGGGGCUACGGACAGGAAAGACAACCUCUUCAGAGGAGGCGGGGAGUAUAGUUGGAGGGCCUAAACCCUUCCCUAGGUCCAAUUCUACCUCCUCUAUGUCAGCUGGGCUGCCAGACCUGGAGCGCAUGGCUCUAACUUUACCCAGGAACCGCAAUGCUAAGCCCCCUCUGGAGAGAACUGCCUCCACAACCUCCCAGCCAGAGAACGGGGCUGCACGGCCCUCAGAAACUCUGCUGCGGAGGAUGGAUGAGGGGACCGCACAAAUCAGGGAAAGGCCCAAAGCCAAGCUCCUGCCCCGGGGCACUGCUGUAGGGGUGAGGGCACCAGGAGUAGGGGGGGAGGUUGGGGAAUCAGACGGUCUCUCCCGGGUCAGAGAGGGUAGAGAGGAGAGUGGAGGGGGACUGGACAGGCAGCAGAGUUGGUCAUCUCCCUCAAAGAGUUCUAGUUCCAGUGCUUCCCCAGUGGCAGCAGGCGCACCGACUCACAACCACAAAGUUCCAGUCCUGAUCUCCCCUACGCUGAAGCACAGCCCGGCUGACGUGCACCUGGUCGGUCUCGACUCUCAGGGGAACCGCUUCAAACUGCUGUCUGAGCACCAAGCAGACCGGGACAGGCCGCGACUUGUAAAACCCAAGUGUGCUCCUCCUCCACCUCCCACUCUGCGGAGCCUGCAACACUCCUACAGCGGAGACGGAGAGGAGCAGGUAGGAGGUGCACCCGUGGAAGUGAAUGGAGACACGUUAAAGGGUCACAGGUCAGGGCGACCGUCUGUGCCACCGCCACAAGUGCCGCCUGCAUCUUCCUCCUCCUUUUCCUCAUCAUCUCCUGCAACCACCAACACGACUCCAAUCAAAAUGGCCAACGGAGCCGCCCCCACUGCUUCAUCCUCACACACAGCCGCUUCCAAAGUGGCCCUGCGGCGAACCAGGCAGCAGGUGGACAGGGUGCCCCUGGAACGGGCCAGCCGCGAGGCCCUGCUGGUGUGCGCCGAGGGCCUGAGCAGCGCCCUCCACGCCAGCUCCGAAAGCCCCUCCAGCAGCCAGGUGUUGGACGCCGGCCACCAGCUGCUAGACUACUGCUCAGGUUACGUGGACUGCAUCCCUCAGAUGAGGAACAAAUUUGCCUUCCGAGAGGCGGUGGGGAAGCUCGAGCUCAGCCUGCAGGAGCUGAGGGCCUCGUCUUCAGGAGGAGGACUGGGCAGCGUGGGGCCCAACACUGUACUGGACAACCUGCACGGCUGUAUUAAAGAGAUUAGUGACGUAGUGCAGAGGUAGCCACUGUGACAACACCACCCGUCAACGUCAAACCCCAACUACCCGACAGAUCGCAUAUAUAUUGCCUUUUUAUGUUUCUGGUUCUAUCGACAGCUUUUCGAGGGACGAAAUGAGAUGAAUCUCUAAAGUACCUCAGAGAAAUCUCUACAAAGUGUAAUCUUCAAUGUUUACAAACGACAGUUUCAUAAAAAAAUGCCAGUGUGGACACUAACUUUGCUCUGACCUGUACAUAUUGAGAAAUGUUUAUACUGAACUAAAUGUGGUUUUACGUCGCACCAUGAAAUGUUUUGCCGCGGGUCUCCACGCAGCCGCGAUAAUAACGGCCUCUUUGUUAAAUGAAUGUCGAGUGUAUCAGCUGUGUGUAGCCAGCCCGGAGAGUAGGUGAAAGCUCCCUCUGCUUGUCUCUGUCUGUCACAUUUCAGAGCGGGCACGAUGGCGGUUGUUUCCGGCCUCAGUGAGAACACUAGACAACUGCUUUUCCCUGAGAAGCUUAAGCAGCAUUUCACAAAUAUGUGAAUCAUGAGGCUUCUGCACAGUGUCUGGGAAAUGUAGUGACCAUAAGCCAUUUUUAAAGCCAUUCGGGGUCUCAAUUUGACAUUUGUGUUUGUGUGCAGAUGUGUUUUUUUUUAUUUUAUAUUUUGGUUUUAUUUCAGAGAUUGCACCUGACGGUCAGUAUUUUUUCAGGAGCUGGACAAUUGUGAUAAAAGAGGAGAAGAUGAAUCUCCCCAGAAUCGCUUGUUUUAGAUAUUUGAAUAAAGUCUUGUUUUUGAGAAUAAUCUUUAGAGAACGAUCAGGUGUUUAGACGGUGACAUUCCUGGAAAGUGAGACCAUUGAAAGCUAUUGAAGGGAUCACUUACAGCAUUGUGUUCAUUUUACAAGCAUCUAGCUACGUAGGCUCAAAUAAAAACACUAAGUUUAUGGUUUGGUACAUUAUCAAAUCUAACGAGAACAGAAAAGAUUUUUAUCAAUCUAUUUUGUUGGUUUUUUUUCCACGAGACUGACACAUUAACGAAUGAAUGUGGGGUGUCCUAUCGUAUGCACAGCAUUUGUCUUCGCUUCAGUGACGUGACCGAUGUCCACACGUUAACACAGUGCCACAUAAACGGGGGCAGAUCCCCUAAAGCAUUUCAAUAUUUUUGGUCCAGUUGUCCUUGAGCACUACAUUUCUCUUCAUGUAUUAUGAAGCGUUAAAAGUGUGGAGUGAGGAGAGGAAGAGCACAGGGUAGCACAUGAGCAGGUUUAACUGGGACAGUGUUUCUAUAAGUGUCCUUCUGCGUAUGGACAGUGCUGGAUUCCCUGUAGCCUUGUCAUGGCCUCAGUGCCUCAAAUACUUCAAAGUUAUCGACACUACGCAAACUCCGAGACCUGCUCUACACGAGUCACACAGUACUGAUCUCUCAACAAACAAACUGCAGUAUGUCUUCAGCACAUGAACGAUUUGUACAUUAUUUUGGUUUAAAACAGGAAAAGAUGAUUUUUCGAAUGUUAUGUAUGAACUUGAAUUUUAAAUUAUUUUGUUUUUUUAAUUAAAAGCACAGACCUAUUUUGAGAAAAGAAAAAAAAGAGUGUAAAUAUUUGAUUUAUUUCAUAUCCAGGAAACGAAAUGGUUUAUGUGGGGGUCACAGCAAAAAGAGCAAUGUUUUUUGACUGUAGAGAUGUAUGGAAGCCCAUCCACCAAGAUCUGAAUACCUGCUUUAUGAAUGUAUUAUUCUUCAGUUCUGAACCCGGCCGAAUGUCCAUCUGCACAACUCUUUAAACUCUUAUGGUGUCAUUUCUUUAUUUAUUAUUUUAAACCUUUUAUUGGCCUGUAUGUCUCAUUUUUGGGUGACACUAAAUCAUUAAAGUCCAAAAUCAGCUGCUCUGUUUUUUUGAGCACAAAUAAAACUGUGUACAGCACACACACAACUCACAUAUUUUCUUUCUUUACCUUUUUCUUAGGCUCACAUUUUAAUUUACACUGGAUAAGACACAUUGGUUUAUCGACACAUUGCAUCUGAAUAUUUCAAAAACUAAUCUAUAAACACUGCAGGUCCAUAACGUCUGUUAAUGAUGCUUUUCCAAGUAAAACUUGUCCUCUUUUUCGUGGUGCAUUUCAUAACAUCAUUUCACUUUAGUGUGUGUCUAUAAAAUGCCUAAUUUCUUGCCAAACAGAAAGCUUUGAGAAGUGUAAUUAACGUCUACUCACUGUGCAUUUCAAACGCCAUGGCCAUAAUUUAUUUUCAAGAUUCUUGUGCCUUUGUAUGAACAAAUAUGUACAGUUACACUGUCACUGCAAGAAAUCAAGAAUGGGAAUGUGGAAGUCCAUCAUUAAAACAUUCAUGUGAUGUCUUUUAUUUGGCCAUGGGAUUAUGGUUGUCACUACAGGAUGUGUUUUUGUCAUUCAGAGGUUAAAGAUCAGAUGCGAACUUGAAACCAAAAGGUGCAUUUUCUACUCUUCAGAUUUUGUAUUUGGACACUUAUUCAGUUACAGGUCUUUCAAACUAUAACACCUGUUUGGUCGCUUGAGCCUGUUGCUUUAUUAUCCUCUUAAUUUCACAGAAAUGCUUUCCUUAACUGCCUUGCACCACUCUGGCCUGUUUGCCUGUUAAGUUUCUACUGGUUUCAGUGCAUCUCUGUGAAACACGUUUUCUCAACAAAGCCUCAUGAAAAAGUGAAAUAAAAAAAAUAUGUGACCAUCUCGACUCAAACACAUUUCCAGCCUGGAUGUGUUUUAUUAUUUUAAUUUUUUGGGUUGUGUUUUUUUAAUAAACAUGUAAAGAUUCAAUCAAUGAUUACAGUGUCAAUAAAUUGAUUGGGAGCCAAUGGAUUUCCCCCUCAUAUCUGUUAUCUGAACCGAUGCUGUUAAAUUUUUGAACUGACUACAUUCUCAUUAUCAGUCUCAUGCAUUGUCUUUCUUUACGAUGCCUGCAUUUAUCCUGUAUAUCUGUUGUUUUUUUCUUCUGUCUCCCUCAUCUGGUGAGCAGCUCUGGAGAAUGUGUGUACACAUCAUUAUACCAAAGGCCACUUCUUCAGUUGUACAAGUGCAAUGUAAAUCCACACACACAUAUAUACACACACACCAUAAUGGAAUAUGUGAAUCUAAACAGGGAUGAAAAAAAUGGCAGAGAUGUUAACAUUAACUUUUUUAUUGUACAAAAGUAUAUUUUGUGUUUUUUUUAAUUUUUAUUUAAAGCUCACGUUAUAUUACUGUGAAGUUCUGCUUAUCAGUGUUAAGCCUAUUGUAAAUAAUAAAGAUAUUGAUGAAUACUG